AAAGCGGUCCUGCACUUCCAGUUGUGAGUGGGGAGCCAAGUGUGGGAGCUCACCAUGCUGGUAACCACCCCCCGCCCCCCACAAAGCAUGCAGCGUUCACCAGAGGGAAGUACCAGGUUCCUAUACUCAGCUGUAGGUUGUCACCGUCUAAUAAUAUGACCGUUUUGCUAUCUCUCUGCAAAUAAGGCAGAAGCUGCUACCUGAUUGGUAUAACAUCUCACUUUCCCUCUGCAUUGAUUUUCUUUUUCUCCUCCUGUGCUUCAUAAAAAGAGGGACAAGUGGCUGGUGCUGUGGACAGAGAAGCUUUAUUUUUAGUAUGAGACAACCUCUAUUUUCUUUCAGGAGAGGGAAGUUGGAUUAUCAAUUCUUUUGUAAAUGUGUAUGGUGAUAUUUGCUCCGCUUUUUGCAAUCUUUGCAUUUGCAACAUGCGGUGGCUAUUCCGGAGGCCUGCGGCUGAGUGUGGACUGCGUCAACAAGACCGAAAGUAACCUCAGCAUUGACAUCGCAUUUGCCUACCCGUUCAGGUUGCACCAGGUGACGUUCGAGGUGCCUACCUGCGAGGGGAAGGAACGGCAGAAGCUGGCACUGAUCGGCGACUCCUCGUCUUCGGCAGAGUUCUUCGUCACUGUCGCUGUCUUCGCCUUCCUCUACUCUUUGGCCGCCACGGUCGUUUACAUUUUCUUUCAAAACAAGUACCGGGAAAAUAACCGGGGCCCACUCAUUGACUUCAUUGUCACUGUAGUCUUUUCGUUCCUGUGGUUGGUGGGUUCAUCAGCUUGGGCGAAAGGACUGUCUGAUGUUAAGGUUGCAACAGAUCCCCAAGAAGUGUUGUCACUGAUGUCAGCUUGUAAGCAAACAUCCAACAAAUGCAUGGCCGUGCACAGCCCUGUUAUGUCCAGCUUAAACACUUCUGUGGUCUUCGGAUUCUUGAACUUUAUCCUCUGGGCUGGAAACAUAUGGUUUGUUUUCAAGGAGACCGGCUGGCAUUCCUCGGGACAGAGAUAUCUUUCAGACCCAAUGGAGAAGCAUUCUAGCAGCUAUAAUCAAAGUGGUUACAACCAAGACAGCUAUGGGUCAAGCAGUGGGUAUAGCCAACAGGCAAGUUUAGGGCCAUCUUCAGAUGAGUUUGGCCAAGGCCAACAGCCUAGUGGCCCCACUUCCUUUACCAAUCAAAUUUAACAGAGUAGCAUUUACAUUCUUCUGGAGACAGCCUCACCACCUUCCAUUUCAGUGGCAGAAGAAUUUUUAAUGUUUCAACCAAUUACUAAUGCAGAGAGUAUUGAAUGUAAAUCAGAGAUUUGUAGUCCUCAGUAAGGCAGAAAGGCCUGGAUCAUGAUAAGUUGUUUUUAGAGAUGAGAUGACAUGAGGAGCUAUAUUAUGCAUCAUAGAUGGCUAAUUAGAGAGUACCUUAUUAUAUACACAGAUACUUUUAUGGUCGUUUUGUAUGUGUGUUGAGAUAGUAGAAGCAUUUUGUAGCUUAAAGUCUCUAGUAUUAAUAUGCAUAAAUUAAAUUAAAUAGCAUUGAGUUUUCCUAUGCAUUUUGAUGCAAAAGAUAUUUUAAUGAUUUCUAGAAAAUAACUCGGUGUAUCACAACAUGCAUGUAUAUUUUUUAGUUUUAGGCCCUAUAGGACUGUGAAUCUCUAAGUAUUUGUUUUAGACAAUUAUUCUGUUGCUUUUUGGGUUUUUUUACUUGAUGAAUCAAUGCUUAUAUGAUUUAUUGCAUGAAUAAGCAUUUUCACACACAAUGAACUGUAUUUAUGAAAAUUUUCCAGUUUUCACCAUGAAUUUGUUAAAUGGACGUUUAAAGAAAUAUAUUCACUACUCUGUAUACUUUGCAAGUUUGUCUCUCUGGGUUUACCCACAUUCUGAAUGCAUUGUAACUAAGGUUUGGGUUUGUUUCCUCUAUUAGUAGACAUUCAGCGUUGCAUAUGAUAACUGCCCAAUAUUUAUUCUAUUUACUUAGCUGAAUACUUACAUUCUUGUAACUUUCUGUGGUGUUUUGUGGCUCUUUCCUGUGGACCAUGAAUAAUAAGGCCCAAUAACUGUUUGUGUCUAUAGAGUACUGUUUUCUUAAAAUAAUGGAAAUGCAGAUAUAGAUACCAUAGUAUCUUAUGUUCACAGUAUCUUAUCUUCAGCCACCAUGAUGAAGUAUUAAUUUAUAAAGGGUAUUCUGUAGAAUAUACACUCCCAGAUAAACUUUUAAACCUUAUUCCUUUGUCAAGCUAAUACAUUCCUCAAUCCAACUAUUAAAAAUUCUCGAGUCACAGCUCAAUUUACUAAUUCUGAUUUCAGUGUAACCCAUAAAUUAAAAAUGGCUUCCACGUGCCACUCUAUAUCCCAGAGAGGGUUCUCAUAAAAUAUUCCCCAGAACGUACUCAUUAUCAAGAAAAUGCCAAUCUUUGCCUCUUUGUUUUAACUCAAUUAAAACACCAAGGCCCGACAGUGAGGGCGAGCUGAGUAUCUGUAUUUCCAGAUAAAAGUCAUUGUCAAUGUAUAAACUCUUUGUGUGAUCUGUGAUGUUGGAAGCACUUUAGCACAAAACAGCCUUGUGUCUUAAAUGAUAUCUGUAGCCAGUUUCUGGAUCCUGUUGGAUAAAUCUGUAUUGUGAUAGCUAUUUGAGCUUAAUAAAGUUAUUGCAUACAAUG